AUGAGCAAGCGCAAGGCCGCCGCCGGCCUGGUCGUGAUGGGGGAGGGCGCGGACGAGUGCGAGAUCAUCCCGCUGGGAGCGGGCCAGGAGGUGGGGCGGUCGUGCGUCGUGCUGCGGUACCGCGACCACAGCGUCAUGCUGGACUGUGGGAUCCACCCCGGGUUCCGCGGGAUGGAGUCCCUGCCGGUGUUUGAGGAGGUCGACAUCGCCUCGAUCGACGCCUGCUUGGUCACGCACUUCCACCUCGACCACUGCGCCGCCGUUCCGCACCUGGUAGGGAAGCUCGACUUCAAGGGGCGGCUCCUCAUGACGCACCCCACCAAGGCCAUCUACUACACCCUGCUCCAGGACCUGAUCAAGCUGAACAGAGACAGCGGCGAGGACGCGCUCUUCACGGACGAGGACCUCGAGAAGUCGAUGCAGCUCGCGGAGGUCGUCGACUUCCACCAGGAGGUGGACAUCGGCGGCAUCAAGGUGGUGGCGUACAAGGCCGGGCACGUGUUGGGCGCGGCGAUGUUCAUGGUGGACAUCCUGGGGCUGCGCGUGCUCUACACAGGGGACUACUCGCGCAUCCCGGACCGGCACAUGGCCGCGGCGGAGAUCCCGCCCGUGCGCCCGCACGUGGUGAUCGUCGAGUCGACGUACGGCGUGUCGUCGCACACCCCGCGCGAGGAGCGCGAGCGCCAGUUCACCUCCAUGGUCGAGAACGUCGUCAAGCGCGGCGGGCGCGUGCUCAUCCCCGUCGUCGCGCUCGGACGCGCGCAGGAGCUCCUUCUCAUCCUCGAGCACCACUGGGAACAGAACCCCCAGAUACAAAAAGUUCCCAUCUACCAGGCGUCCCACCUCGCGAAGCGCGGUCUGGGGGUGUACCAGACGUACGUGGAGAUGAUGAACGACGACAUCCGCAGGGCCUUCGCGCACUCCAACCCGUUCAAGUUCAGCCACGUCAACGUCCUCUCCGGCCCGUCCGCCCUGGACGACACGGGCCCGUGCGUCGUCCUGGCCACGCCGUCGAUGCUGCAGUCGGGCUUCUCGCGGCGCCUCCUCGAGACGUGGUGCGAGGACAGCCGCAACGGCGUCAUCAUCGCAGACUUCGCCGUCCAGGGGACGCUGGCGCGUGAGAUCCUGGGGCACCCGAAGGAGAUCCCGUCCGUUGUCGCGGCCCCGGGCCACAAGCUGGCGCUGCGGUGCACCGUGGAGGCCAUUUCGUUCAGUGCGCACGCGGACUUCCCCAGCACGCGCGGGUUCCUGGAGACGCUGCUGCCGGACCACGUCGUGCUGGUCCACGGGGAGAAGGAGGGCAUGAUGCGCCUCAAGGGCGCGCUCGAACGCCGCGCGGGGGCCAAGGACAAAGACCACUCCUGGACUGUCCACACCCCCGCGCUCGGCGAGGCCGUGCGCUUCCCCUGGCGCGGCGAGGUGCGCGCCCGGAUUGUCGGCCACGCUGCGUCCGACGGCCUCGUCGAGGGGCACACGGUGUCGGGCGUGCUCGUGAAGCCGCCCGUCGGGCUGCCGACGGUGAUGCACCCCGAGGACCUCCCCGCCUUCACCAAGCUCGCCCAGGGGACGGUGUUGCAGCGGCAAGCGAUUGCAACUACCAAGGGCUGGCCGCUGAUCCGCCUGUCGCUCGAGGCGAUGUUGCAAGAGGUGCACAGUGUGGGGGCCGAGGACUUGCAGGUCAAGGGGAUGCCCCCCACUGCAAAGGGGGAGGAGCGCAUCCAGAUCGGGGACGGUCACACCCUGACGUACGUGCCAGGGAGCCAGACGGGCAAGGCGCCGGCGCAGGUCGUUCUGGAGUGGGUGGGCGGCGCGCGCGGCGACCUGCUGGCCGACGUGGUGGUUGCCAUCCUGCUGGGGGCCGAGGGGCAGCCGCACGGCAUGGGAGAGGCGGAGACCGCCCGGCGGAAGGCGCUGGAGAGCGGCGACGAGGACAGCGCGCGGCGGCAGGAGGAGCGCAUGGUGGCCUGCCUCUUGCAGGCGCAGUUUGGGGACUGUGUGGUCCUGCCGGACGACCUGCAGAAGAAGCCAGGCGGCUACAACAGGCUGCUCGUGACGGGAGGGCCCGGGCUGAAGGCCGAGGUCGAUCUCGCGACGCAGGACGUCGAGCCAGCGGCGGACGCGGGGCCGCACGCCAAGCAGUUUGUCGAGCGAGUCGCAAAGGCGGCGACGCGAAUCUUCGAGGCGCUCGGACCCCUCUCGACGUCGUAG